AAGAUUGUUACUUACUAAAUUGCUUUAAAAAAAAAAUUCGCUUCAUUUCAAUAUCCACUUUCGUUGUAAUGGCAUCUUGCUGUCGUCUGACUAUUAUUUUGCUUUUUACCUCAUUUACCAUUGCUCAGAAGCAACCUUGGCUGCCGUCACCACUGGAUAAAAAUUGGUUAGCGUUGCACAAUGGCUUUGUUAGUAAUAAUCGUGUGAAUGGAACCAACAUAACCGUUCUCUUUAUCAAAGAUUCUGUUACAAGGCGAUGGCAACCGGAUGGUCUACAUUUAUACAUCGAGCACUAUGUUCCAUUAAGAACGGCUGGAGUCGGUGGUGAUUCGGCACAAGAUGUACUUUGGACGGAUAGAGAAGUGGAUGGAAUUCAACCAAGAGUUAGCAUCUUAAAAAUUGGAACAAAAAAUAUUCCGAAUGGAUUUACUGACUCUUCGAUUGCUCGAGGUAUAACCGCGAUUGUCAAUGAAUUGAGUGAAGCAUUACCAUCAACAAAAAUACUUCUUGUUGGUGUACUCAGGCGAAACGACGCAGCAACAAGCGAACUAAUAGAAAGCAUUUACAGAAACGUUGCGUUGCUUGAUAAUAGAAAUUCAGUUAGAUUUUUGAAUAUGGUCGACCGUUACCACAAACGGACAGGAAAUUUUUACGACGAAUUGUGCUUGAACGAUUUGCUGCCUUCAAAUUCUCAGGGGUAUGUGAAGUGGAAUGAAGUGCAUUUGCUGUUAUUUGACGAAAUGUAUAACUCCGCAACUCAACCGAUCAUUGCCGGUUUCUAUUUGGUGAUGCUAGUUUGUUCAUCUCUUAUAGUGUUCAACUAUCAUUAAUAUAAAUAAAUUGUUUGUAAGA